AUGCCUAAGCCGAUCUUGCUCCGCCUCCCCCCACUCUAUACGGUCGGUUCUUAUUUGGUGACUUUGACCUCAAGUCAUGAACUAAAAUAUGCGCGAAAAAAAAGGCACAACGUCCCGGGAGCUCCACAGUCGAGAGGCAUUUUCGCUUCACUCUUCUUAUUACCCUUUUUGUUAUAUUGUUAUAUUGUUUUUUUAUUAUUCCUACGGGAGACCAUUGAGGAGUACGUGCUCACCCCCACUUUGUUGCCCAACCUUCUUCUUGCGACAAGGACAGCCCUGUUCCCAGCCAAUGGCCGUCAGUCUCAGCCCGUGGAUGUUAGAGCUUCGACUCCGCAAUCUGUGCAGACGUCCAGUCAGAAAGCCGUCACUCUAGCACUUGAUGCCCCUAUUACGGAAGGAGUCAGGGGUGGUCAUAUCACUGGUAAGAAAUAUCCCAGAACCGGCGGCAAUAGUGGCGGACCAACAGCGCCAGCAUCACUUGCCUCUGUUGCUGCCGACUCAACAUUGGACAAGCCAACCGAAACGGAAAAAAAGGCCCGUCCAUCGCAAACAGAGAUCGCCGCUAUCAAGCGGCGAUGUGCAGCUAGUCUGGUCGCUUUGAUGCCGCGUACCGUCGCACGAACUUUCUUUGGUGUCCCCUCAUCGGCAUCUCCGCCCUACAGCAGUGAUGGUACCUGCAGCACCAACAACUCGCCCUGUCUCGCCACUUCCCCACCCUCUAUCAGCGGGGAUGGACCUUGGCCUCAGGGGAGUGAUCCGCUUUCGUCAUCGCACUCGGCGAUAUCGACCCGUCCCAGCGUGGAGAGCGGUGAUGUUCCCGCUGAGCGGCUGCGCACAGACGAACAACCCGAGGAGAUCGAUCUCGAGACGCUGUAUCUCACGGAAAUGAUCGAGAAUGAUCUUCUUGAUGUCUUUGCUGAUGAAUACUGCAACAAGCAUCUCGUAUACUCCAUUAUUGAGGUAGUGUUGGCCAAAAUCCUCCCCGAGAUGACCGAACACAGUGUGCGAGACUUGAUGGAGGAUCGUGGAGUAACACCAGCACCUACCUUUUAA